UAUAUAGUCAGAAUCAAAAUUGAGAUUCUUCUGAUAGAAAGUUGAACAUGUGUCCUCUCAGACUGAUUCUCAUUUUCUUUUCAGCUACUCUUGCUGGUUUCUUUGUCCUCAGAAACCUCAGAUCUCAACCCAGUGAGUUGGAACAGAAGAAUGAAGACACCCUAGAAACCUCGGAUUCUUCUAAACAAACCUUAAAUGCAUCUUCUAAGUCAAAGGUUUUGGCUGCAUUUGUAUCUGGGUUUUGGACAUUUGUUGACAUGGCUUCUGGUCGUUAUCUUUGGAGGCAGCUUGGCCAUUCAUCUUCAAAGUAACAAUUCAUCAUCAUGUUUUAUAAUCAUACCUUUGUGAUUGAUAUUCAUGACAAGAAUAAAGGUUAUGUAAAUGUUUCAUCUCAUAUGUAGUAUUUUGGAAACUUAAUCCUAAACCCCUUUUCAUAGGGUGAUGAUAUUCAUAUAUCAUAAUGCAAUAACAGUAUUUUAUUAAAUAUUUAGUAUUGAAUAUUAAAGUUUGUUAUAGAUAGAGUUUGCCUACAA